AAAAUGUCAUCAACUACGAAAUCAAAAAAUGUUUCAAUUUCGGAAUUUAAAACGCCCGGUUAUAUUAAGUUUUUGUUUGGUGGUCUGUCAGGUAUGGGUGCAACUUUAUUUGUUCAACCGUUGGAUCUAGUGAAAAAUAGGAUGCAAUUGUCAGGAAUGCAAGGCAAACGUGAGUAUUCUUCAACUUUUCAUGCAGUUCGUUCAAUUGUCAGAAAUGAGGGGUUUAUUGCAUUGUACAAUGGCCUUUCUGCUGGUUUGGCUCGUCAAGCAAUAUAUACGACAACAAGACUUGGGUUAUAUACCUGGCUUUUAGAAUUUUGCAGCCACGAAGGAAGGAGUCCAUCAUUUGCAAUAAAGGCUGGUCUUGGUAUGACAUCUGGUGGCAUUGCUUCCCUUUUUGGAAAUCCAAUGGAAUUAGCACUAGUUCGAAUGACCGCUGAUGGACGUUUGCCUAUAAACGAGAGGAGAAAUUAUAAAAAUGUAUUAGAUGCACUUGUCAGAGUUACUCGAGAGGAAGGAAUAGUCACUUUGUGGAGGGGAUGUACUCCUACAGUUGUAAGGGCAAUGGUUGUAAACGCGGCGCAGCUUGCCACAUAUUCACAAGCUAAACAAUAUCUCAUGUCAGCUGGCCUUAAGGAAGGAAUUCAACUACAUUUUUGUGCAUCAAUGAUAAGUGGACUCGCUACUACGGCAGCAAGUAUGCCUGUUGACAUAAUCAAAACAAGGAUACAGAAUAUGCGAGUUAUUAAUGGUAAACCUGAAUUUACUGGAAUUUCUGAUGUUGUUGGACGGGUACUCAAAAAUGAAGGAUUUUUUGCGCUUUGGAAAGGAUUUUUACCAUAUUAUAUGCGACUUGGACCUCACACUGUAAUUUUUAAUAGUAACAAUUUUUUAACAAAUUCGACCUUUAGAAAUUACUAA